AUGCCAAAAAAGCACAGGACAUCGUUAUAUACAAAACCAACAAAUACACCGCAUCAUACACUCGCAUCGUCAAGAGCGAAUGACAAUGGUCGGUUUCAAGUUGUCAGUCCCACGAGGGCGCAGGCCUCUACGGACGAUUCAUCAGUCAAUGGCCUAAUCGACCAUUUACGGCGUACACAAGGGAAUAUCUCAGGAAACUCUUCUUCCGGCUCACUUCGCUCCUUCACAUCGCAGAGAUCUGUGCCACCAGCUUUGCGCAACAUUCUCGAGCUUCCUGAGCCUUCACAACCGCGCCCUCGGCCUAACGCAGGUACUCUGAUCGGUGCGCGCCCGCCUCGUAGGGUUCCAGGUCCUCCGCCACCGACAAGUUGGCUCACAGGGGACACUGAUGGGGCUCAAGACUCAUCCACAAAUGCCGAAGCCGAUAAUAUGAACAACCUUGAACAAAUCCACCGUCUACAAAGACUACCCGGGGCUGCCUUCCCAAGACAAGACAGUCUCCAACAUGCUGUUCUGGCUUCAAUGGCCCAGAACUGGGCAUGGCACGUGGAAUAUGAUGGUCCUUAUCUGUCUCAGCUGCCUAGACAUAUCAAGGUGGCCAUUCUCAGCUACGUGGCUCAGUUUAGCCAGGAAGAGCCGCUGGCACAUUACAUGAACGGACUCACUGCACUUUUCCCGACAAGGGCAGAGUUGGAAGGCAGUGUGGUUCACACUCCUAACACAGAUUUGAUGCCUGAACGGCUCGACCUGAGCAAUGCUCUAGGCCGCUGGUUGUCGUUCAAGAAGCUAGACAAAACCCUGCGGGUUACCCACCCAGCAGACCUUGCAUCUAAAAAUGCAACCGAGGAAAAUGUACCAGAUUCAUGGGAUGGCACCGAAUAUGAGACUGAACAUAUUGAUAUUCCCCGUUCCAUGGGCCAACAAAUGCGCUUUGAGAAUCUGAAAUACCUCUCUUUCGCGCACCCGCACAGUUAUUCAGCCAGCUGGCCUGAGCUUGUGACAUUACUCUCUGAUUUACCAACCAUUACUCAUCUCUCUUUAGCCUACUGGCCCUGCCCAAGCAAUCAUCCCUAUUUGCUGGUGCCCUCCCUGAUGCACUCUCUAGCGGACCGCACCAGCCCAUCAUCAUACGAGGCAGCCGGAAUCCUCCGCCGGCUCUCUCGCAGCACCUUCUGUCUUAAAUGGCUGGACCUGGAAGGAUGCUCUGACUGGAUCCAUCUACUACCAAUGUGGACAGAAUAUCCCGAAGGACGAAAAGACCCUGUGGAAUACGGCCCUGAGUGGAACCACUCCUGGCGAAACGUGGUUUCGCUCAACCUCGCACCUGGUUGGGAAAUCAAGGUUCCAGAUGAGCUGAAGGACCAUGUCCCAGGAUCAACAAUCUCACCUGUUCUUGAGCCGGUCUUGCGUGAAUAUCGGAGGGAUGUCGACAAAUAUGGGGCUGGCGUAUACAGGGCCUUGUCGGUGCAUCAAGAUAUCCGCACGUAUCGAGCAAAUGACCGUGGAAAGGCAGUGCAGGCUGAAACUGGAAAAGAAGGGCUGGACCGGGCGCGGACCCUUCUCAAAGGCAUGCGUAGCCCUCCUUGA